UCCCGGUCGGGUCUAGCGACCCAGGGCAAGCAGCGGCCGUCCGGAUGUGGGGCUGCGGGGCCCGUGCCCUGCUGUGCGUGUGGGAGGUGCGGCUGGCAGGGAUCCUGGGAAGGAGACUGCUGAGCAGCAAUGCCGCCGCGGGGAAGGGCAUUGCGCCGCCGUGCUGGAACUGCGGCCGCGCGAGGGGAGCCGGGUGUGGGGAUGAGUUCUUCUGCGCACACUGCCGCGCGCUGCAGCCUCCUGACCCCACUCGGGACUACUUCAGCCUCAUGAACUGCAACCGCUCCUUCAGGGUUGACAUCACGAAACUUCAGCACAGGUACCAGCAACUGCAGCGUCUUGUCCACCCAGAUUUCUUCAGCCAAAAGUCUCAGACUGAAAAACACUUCUCAGAGAAGCAUUCCACCCUGGUGAAUGAUGCCUAUAAGACGCUUCAGGCUCCCCUGACCAGAGGACUAUAUCUUCUAAAGCUCCAAGGAAUAGAAAUUUCUGAAGGGACAGAUGACAAAGCAGACAGUCAGUUCCUUGUGGAAAUCAUGGAAAUCAAUGAAAGACUUGCAGACGCCCAAAGUGAGGCCGCCAUGGAAGAGAUAGAAGCCACUGUCAGAGCUAAACAGAAAGAAUUUACCGACAAUAUAAACAGCGCUUUUGAACAAGGUGACUUUGAAAAAGCCAAGGAACUCCUGACAAAGAUGAGAUACUUUUCAAACAUAGAAGAAAAGAUCAAGCUAAGCAAGACUCCUCUCUAGUUGUAACUUAAAGCUUUAGAAAUAAACUUUGUAUUUCUUUUCUGGCUUC